AUGUGUGGCCCAUUCAAGAACCUCCAGAGCAUUCUGCGCCUAUUGGAAAUAAUCUUCAGCGCUCUAGCCCUCAUCAUUGCCAUCUUCAGGGGCAGGAUGGUGAGCCCAUGGGGCAUCUGGUGCGACUUUGUCUGGGUUUUUUGCUUCACCGUGCCACUUGUCCUGACUGUGGUGGAGGCCAUGAUGUGGCAUGUCUUGCUGGCUGCCUUCCUCCCAAACUGGGAAGACCUGACCUGUGGGCUUACCUGCCUGUGUGCCGUGAUGAUCAUCUCAGCAACAGUGAUCUUCGCAGCUAUUUUCGUGUGCCUUUCCUGCAUUGCCAGCAUCUUGUGUGUCAUUGCCUCCCUGGUUGCAACUAUUGUCUUCCUGAUUGACGCUGUGAUGCAGAGAAAAAACUGUCCAGCUGGGUAUCUAUGCAGUCUGAGAGGGGGACUCCGCACAUCUGAGGCUUUUAUAGCUUGUAUUAUUCUCACUGCAGCUGCUGAUCACUUUGUAA